AUGCUGCAAACACAGGACAACGUACAGAUCCUAAGCAACUGGACAUCUAAAUUUCCAACCUUUUUAUUGACUGUCAUUCCUGGCCUAGAGUCUCUUCAUUCCUGGAUCUCCAUUCCCUUCUGCUGCCUUUAUGCAAUUGCCCUCUCUGGGAACAGCAUGAUCCUUUUUGUCAUCAUCACCCAGCAGAGUCUGCAUGAGCCCAUGUACUAUUUCCUCUCCAUGCUAUCAGCCACUGACCUGGGCUUGACUAUUUCUACAAUGUCAACAACAUUAGGUGUCCUCUGGUUUGGUGCAAAUCAAAUCGAUCUAGACAGCUGCAUUAUCCAGAUGUUCUUUCUUCAUGGAUUCACUUUCAUAGAAUCUGGAGUGCUGGUGGCUAUGGCUUUUGACCGCUAUGUGGCAAUAUGUGACCCUCUGAGAUACACUACCAUUCUAACUAAUUCCAGAAUCUGCCAAAUGGGUCUCUUAAUGAUUGUACGCACCAUAGUACUAAUAGUACCACUACUCCUACUCCUGAAGCCUCUGUCUUUCUGUAAAAUGAAUGCCCUUUCCCACUCUUACUGCUACCAUCCAGAUGUGAUUAAGUUGUCAUGUUCAAAUACUCAGGCUAACAGCAUCUGUGGAUUAAUUGAUCUCAUCCUGACUACAGGGAUAGAUACACCAUGCAUUGUUCUGUCUUAUGCUUUAAUCAUUUACUCUGUCCUCAGGAUUGCCUCCCCUGAAGAACGACAGAAGGUCUUUAGCACCUGUGUCUCCCAUAUCGGAGCAGUUGCUAUUUUCUACAUCCCCAUGAUGAGCCUGUCCUUCCUGCAUCGCUAUGGUCGAUCAGCCCCCAAAGUAGUCCAUUCAAUGAUGGCCAAUGUGUACCUCCUUUUGCCCCCUGUGGUCAAUCCCAUCAUCUAUAGUAUAAAAACAAAGCAGAUCCGCAAAGCUAUACUCAGUCUGCUCCUUAUAAAAUAA